AUGGGGAGCCAAGAUCUCGUCGCCUACUGGAAUGUCAACAUCCCAGAGGCGGAGCACACGGAAAAGUGCCCAGCCUUCCUCGACAACGUCUCGGUCAAGGACCAGCUCGUCCUGGCCAUGCCAGACUCGACGUACACCCGCCAGACGUGGGACGAGGUGCGCCGGAUCGUGCGGGAGAACCGGCUGGACGAAUUCAAGCGUGUCCCGUCGCAUCUGAGGCGCUACAGGGCCUUCACAAGCAACCUCGCGCGCGACCACGGCAGCGUUGCCAACUUCAUCCUGCGUGAGCGCCUGGGCUGGGAGGCUCCCGUCCGUCCAGAGGGGGACAAGCCGUUCGCGUGCCCCACCGACAUCAAGGUCCUCUACAACGACUGGCCUUACGGCAUCGACGUCAAGAUCGUCCACCUCGUCGUCUGGACCAAGUUCGUCCUCGAGGUCGACCCGGCCUCCGAGUCGGGCGAUAUGACGGACCAGGCGCGCGGCGAGAUCCAGGACUACGUGGCCAAGACGUUCUACCCACGCGUCCCCGAGGAUCAGGUGAUCUGGUUCAAGAACUGGGCUGCGCUCAAAUCUGUCGGCGCCGUGGAACACUUUCACGUCAUGAUGUACGACCCGGACCCCGAUUUUGUGAGGGAGAUCACAAACGGCGAUGUUCCCCUGAUUGAGAAGUCGGGCAGCGUAUAG